CACUUUUUUUCCUUCUUCCCCCAUUCCCUCUACGCUAUUAUACCCAACUUACUUUCCUUUUUCUUUCUUUUUUUAUAUAUUUCUCUUUACUUAUCUGUGAAUUAGUAAACCUUACAAUACCUUCAAUAGUUCAUAUUCAUGAAUAAAUAGAUGAAUCUCGAGGAGAAUGCCCAGGUACAUAUAAGAAAAGCCUGAUUUCUUUCUUUUUUGGUUAACAGCCAAUAAUAAAUUAAAUUGUAGCUGUCUUUUAGUGAUUCGGAGUCGUUUCAUUGUAGUAAUAACUGGGCAAUGAGACGAACUAAAGAAUCCUAUAUCUCAAGAAGAAACUAUAAUCGCACAGAACCCAAUCAACAUUAUCGCAAAAAACUCUGUGCAUCACAUUCUACACCACUCAGUAGUCGCUAUGAUAACCCAUUAGAAGACGAUAAUGAGGAUGACUUUAAUUCAAUUCUAAGCGUACACGAAAAAAAUCGAUUCUUGAAAGAAAUUGGCCAAGUCAGACAAGAUAUUCUUCGUUUCAAAAAAGAAAUGAAUGGCCUCGCACGACAAAUGGACGGUAUGGAGAUUGAUCUUAACCUGUCAAAGGAUAGAGUUCAUGAAAUCGAAAAAGGAUUGACAGCAACACAAGAAGUCAAUGUGAAUCUACAGGUGCUACUUGAGAGAGCUGUGAAUCGACAAAGAGAAUCGGACGUGAAUGCUACGCGGGCGAUGCGGCACCUCCAUUCAAACUUAGCUAAUGUUGUUUACGAAACAGGUCAAUUACGAGGGCGACUGACAACUAUCGCAAACUAUCAAAAGCAGCAUCAAGGAAGUGUCAGUGAUGUAGCAGAAAGAAUGCGUGAAUACACGCACAUGCUUGAACAAGCUCAAGGAACAAUUCAGUCCCUUCAAGAACCCACUUUACGUGCUCGUUUGUCGCCUUCCCCUACCCACACAGCGACUACCAUAUCAGAAGAAGACAUAAUGAAUUCAUUAGAUGUCAGAAGUGAUGUUACAGCUACUUCCUCCAUAACUUCGUAUUCUACAACAGACGAUGAAGAAGAAGACCAUAUCAAACCACUUGCUUCUGCUCCUCCCCCUUCCCUUCCUUCCCGUCCUCCUAUCAAAAACAACAAAGCAGAACUGUAUCGGCAUCGAAUCAUUCGAAAGAGAGCAUCUAACCCUGAAGUAUCAGCCUUUGCAUCACCACUAGUACCAAACCAAAAGAAAGAAGCAUGGUUGCCACAACAAGGCUUAAGACUUUUGCUCAGUGAUUCGUAUGGUUUUUAGUUUUUACUUGUUUUAAUUUUUAUGUUGCACAAUGAUAAUAAAAAACAUAUAUAAGCUCAUAUGGUCUACU